AUGGACAGCAUGAAGACUGCUUUCACGGCAUUGCAGAAGAGGGUAGUGCGCCUUGAAACAAGUGUAGUUGGUGUAAAAUAUGCAACCAGCGUGAAAGUACCUUUCUGCGACGGCAGUACUUCAUGGACCGCGUACUGGCAGCAGUUCCAGACUGUUGCUGCUUCGAACGGGUGGAUGGAGGAACAGUGCCUGUCUGCUCUUACUGUCGCCCUUAGGGGGCAGGUUUUAACAGUCCUAGAGGCAUUGCCUGAUUCGGGCAGCAGAUAUAAACAACUGUUGGAAGCCCUCAAAUCUUGA